AUGGCCGGUGGCUACAUUGCCCGCGUCAACAUGAAGGGCCACUACCUCAGCUGGUCAUCGGACAACACCUACCCCUGGCAAAACAUCCAGCCCACCCAGAACACCAAGCUUCUUGGUCUCCAGGAUAUUGGCUUUACCACCGAUCCUGUGCGUCGACUCCGGCAGCACAACUCGGAAAUAGGCGGUGGCGCCGUUCGCACAACAAGAGCCAAGGGGAGCUGGGACAUGGCUGCCAUCGUCUACGGGUUCCCCAACAAAGUUGCGGCCCUUCGCUUUGAGUGGGCCUGGCAACAUCCUCUCAAGUCGCGCCGCCUUCGUGACGCCGUCCGCUCGGACUUGCCAGCCUCCCGCGCCGCCCAGAUGCAGCUCACGGCCAAGCUACACACCCUUGCCGCCAUGCUCUAUACCGUCCCCUGGUCGGAUCAACCCUUGACUCUGUGCUGGCUUCAGCCCGACAUUGCCGACAAGUGGAGCAACAUCUGGCAACGCCAUUGCCAGUGCCAGUCAGCUCUUCCACCCUUUCUCACCACACGCUCGGGCAAUCUGCAAGACCCCCUCUUUCAGCUGAACAACGCUGCCGCCGCUGCUUCAACCAUCCAGCGUGCGGCGCUGGCGGCUGAUCACCACGCCUGGCGUCUCGCUGCUGCCGCACAGGCCCAGGCUCCCGAUUUUUUUACCGGGCUGGGUCGCCUCGAUCUCGCCGCCCCGAGCGUUGAGGAGUCGGGGGCAGGGCCCCACCCAAGCUCGUGUUCCGUGCCGCCGUCAACGGGAAGCAGCGCAGCACCCACUCCUGGCGCCCUCGCGCCGCAGCCAACGAAGCAAAACAAGUUUGGAGUUGAUCCUCGCCUCGACAGCGACGAUCGCGAUGACAAUCAUCAAUUUGAAUCCCCCGACAACCACGAGGCCGCAGCUGUCAAUGUUGAUGUAGUUGACGACAGUGCCGAUGAUGGUACAACAGAUGGAAACGAGGAUGGGCCUGAUGAUGUCGCCCCUCAUCAGGAGGUCACAGCUCGCCAUGUGCACGGUGCCAUUGGCGAAACCUGUGGCCACUGUCACCAGUCGGUGUAUCAGGAACUCUGUAUCGUGUGUCUCAAUGCCACCUGCACAUAUCGCGCCCACCUGUUGUGCGCAGCCCAAGCCGCAGUCCACCCUCUGGGCCAGUCAAGCCCAUCCGAAACGCGCCUGGUGCCACUGCGACAUUCAUGUCCCCGCUGCGCCCACCAGGCCCACUGGGCGUCGUGGAUCGCCGAGGUGACGUUGUGA